AUGCUCCUGCAGACGCUCGUUGAGCUGGGUGUCGGGCUGGCUGUCACCGCAGACCCGUACCGUAUCCUCGAUCAAGACGGGUGGUUCGGGGUUCGGGACGGCUCCAUUGUGAUCAUUGCCAUGGGACCACUGUGGACACCCGCACCAACGCUGCUUCACAGCGGUGAGGGUUACGUGGCGGUCUCCAGGAACGACGUAGCCGUGGUGGGGUGCUAUGUCUCCCCCUACCGCGGCCUCUCGUCGUGCGAGUUGAACCUGGAGGAGCUCGGAGGUUUCCUUAGUGUACACAUGGCUCGUCCACUUCCGGUCCUCAGGGAAAUCAGUGCCCACUCCGUGGCGUGGGGUUCCCCGGGAACAGACGCUCGGGUGCGGUCGGCACUCGUCGGGUGGUCCGAGGAGCUGGAGGUCUCGCGCGAGGAGUUGGGCCGUGCGGUCGUUUGGAUGGGGGCGUGGAGAACCGCUCCCGGACCGGACGGCAUCCCAGGCCGAGCCUUUGCACUGGCUCUGGAAGCGUGGGGUGACCGUGUGCGACGGCUGUUCUACAGCUGCCUCAGGACCGGUAGAUUCCCGGCAUGUUGGAAGAGAGCGAGGGUCGUGCUGAUCCCAAAACUAGGGAAGGCGACGAACUCUCCGAAGGCAUUCCGACCGGUGUGCAUGCUCGACGAGGUAGGCAAGCUCUUCGAGCGCGUUCUAGUUGCCCGCCUCCAAGAGCAUUUAACCGACGUGGGUCCCUAUCUCAGCGUCAGCCAGUACGGAUUCCGGCAUGGUCGGUCGACGAUCGACUCGAACAAGCGCGUUCGUAGCCUGUCGGAGGCUGCCGUUGACCGGGGCGGGGUCUUGCUGCCGGUCGGUGUUGAUAUCGCCAGCGCCUUCAACACCCUACCCGGGGCCGCCAUCCG